AUGUCUCCUCUAAUACCUUAUCAUGUUUCUGCUGGAAGUAAUCCUCUUGUCAAGUUCGGAGGCGCUCUUAUCACAGAGUUCCUGGAGCCGCCUCCGGGUCGAUGUUUUUGCUUCCGUCAAGAAUACUGCCUCAAACCCCCUAUGAAUGAGGAAGACCCCGACUAUGACAAAAUCAAUGAAACUUUGAAUCAUCCGUCCAGCCCUCCUGUUCAUUUCCAACCAUUUCAGAACGAGUACUUCCGCGUGGAACGCGGUCGAAUGUGUGUCGAGAUGGACGGCGUUCUGCGUACUCUUACACCAGAAGACGGUGAGUUAAUGGGCCGCGCUGGGUCUAUCCAUCGCUUCUACAUCGCCCCGGACAGCACCGAAGACAUGAUCAUCAUCUUGAGUGCAUCUGAUUCCGGUCUGGAUUACCAGCUGGAUUGGGUUUUCUUCGAGAACUGGUAUGGCUUGUGGCAUGAUUACCUCGUGCACGAAGGCAAGAUGGAUCUUAUUCAGCUGCUUUGUGUAGGUGUGCCGUUCUAA